GGGGGAGGUNAGACGAAAGGAAAAAGAAAAACAAAAAAACGCCACCCGGAGAAUAAGAAAAAGAGCUGUUGGUAUUUUAAUAGCUUUCAUUAGCGUUUCCAGAUAUGUAAAAUAAUAUACGACGCAUACGCACUCAAAUCUUUAUAGACACACACACUCAAAUUCGGCUAGUCAACGAAAUUCGUACAAAGCACCGCACCCAAAAAUGAUCCAGUAGGUCGUUGUUUCCGGCAAUUGCAGGAUACAUUUUUUAUAAACGUAUACGUUCCCAGUGCAAUAAUUUUACGUGUGUUUCAAUUUGUUAUGGAAAUUAGAAUUUUGGCUAUUUAAUUUAAUAGUACAAAUAUGUCACGUCGUCUAUCCAAGUUCGGCAUUUAUGUCGUUAUUGUAUUGUACCCUAAUGUCGUUAUGUUUGAUCGUUCAAAGUCGCAACAGGUCUUUCGAUUGCCGCAGGCCGACGUCUUUAUUGCCACAACCCUUCUGGUUUAAGUUUUCUAAAAUAGUAAACUCCUUCAAGUUGUCGAAUAUUGGACGACUUUUCACGUGUUGGCUGAUCAACAGCACACUCGCCAUGACCCCCAAAAAUGGCUGAAUCAAAAGAUAAUAAGUGAAAUGGAUACUCCCCAAUACAGUCUUCGAUGGAACAACCAUCUGGUUCACAUGAUGGACGCUAUCGAAGUACUUUUGCAGAACGAGACUCUCGUAGAUGUAACACUGGUUUGUGAAAAAACACAAUUUAAGGCCCAUAAAGUGGUGCUGUCUGCGUGCAGUCCGUAUUUUCAAAGGCUUUUCUCUGAGACACCGUGUAAACAUCCCGUUAUAGUCCUUAAAGAUUUACCCGACUGGGAGAUGAGAGCGAUCAUACACUUUAUGUACAAGGGAGAGAUUAACGUCGGCCAGGAACAGUUGCCGCUAUUGUUACAAGCUGCCGAAACAUUACAAAUUCGUGGACUGGCUCAUACAGAACGCAUUCCGUUGUUUGUCGACUCACCUACGUCGUCACUGGUGACACCUACAGAAGUUCAACCAUCACCGCUGCCGCCGCCACCACCGCCACCAACACAUCAUCAAGGGCAUAAUCAUCAUGGUCACCAUCACCAUUCAAGAGUUCACAGUCCCAAAUCGAAUACCGAACUAGUGAACGGCCAAAGUUCGCCGGGUAAAAGUAGUCACCAUCACCAUCAUCACCACCGAAACCGAACUGGUUCACCACAGAGUCCGCGCAACAAACAGCAACCGUCUCCGUCACAUAUGCUACCCCAUCAUCGUGGUGACGGCUCUUCGGGUCGUAUGUCACCGGCAACUCGUAUGUUCUUCCAAGCUGCUGCAGCAGCGGCCGCAGCAGCAGCUGCGUCUAACCCCUACGAGCAAUCACAUAUGCGACUACCACAACUACCACAUCUUCCGCCCAUUACAUUUAACGAUAGAAACUGUCCAUCACCUACACCUCGUAGAAAGCAAGCGAGACCCAGACGACGAUCGGGUGAAGCUAUUGGCCCUCAAGAUCUAAGUAAAGCUCCAUCACCUUUGAAUUUUAAUGACAAUAUUGCUGAAAAUCUAUCGAUGAAAAAGUCACCCAAUAAUGAAGACAGUAACAAUGAGAAUACACCAACAAAUUUAAGUUGUAACAAUAAAAGGCCUGAAAGGACACCAUCUCCAGCAAACAAUAAACAAAUGAAAGUUGAAGUAGAUGAACCAGAAAUGAUAGCAGACUUGGGACAGAAUCAGCCAGUAGAGAUGACGGCAAGAAGCCCUAACGUAAAUAACAAUAACAACAAUAAUAAUAAUAACCAGCCUAAUCAUAAAAAAAACCACCAUCACCAUCAUCUGAACCAUCAACAACAACAGAGGCACCCGGACUUUCCAUUUUACGGUCCUGAUCCCAUGAGUAUACCACUUAAUCCACACGAUCCACAUUUUGAAAAUUCAUUAUUUCCACCCUUUGGACCUUUAUCGUCGCUUUCGCUACAAGGCCCACCACACAUGUUUCCAAUAGAUGCCCAAUUCGGUUUGUUUCCCGGUUUAGAUGGUUGUAGAAAUCCAUUGUUGAACGAUUUGAUUGAGCCAAGGUUUGAUAAUCCACCACCGAAUAAAAAGAAAAAAAAAAUGUUUCCAGUCGGUCGGCCUAAAGGUCAACAUAGUGCCCCUCGUGGAGGUCCUCCUAGAUCGUGGACCAAUGCUGAGCUAACAGAAGCCUUACAACAUGUGUGGAACAAGAAAAUGACCACAUCGCAAGCUUCCAGAAUAUUCGGUAUACCUUAUAAUAGUUUACUUAUGUACGUUAGAGGCAAGUAUGGAAAAUCGUUGAAGCUGGAACAGCUUAAAAAAGAAUGUUUCGGUGACAUCAAUGGUCCACUAGAUUUGUUACAUUUUGGAUCGAUAUCGAAUAACAACAACAGUAGUAACAAAAAUAAUAAUAAUAGCAGCAGCAACAACAAUAACAACGGCAACAACGGUGGAAGUAACAAUGGUGCUGCCAGUAAUGGUAAUAACGGCAAUGGACAGCCGGUAACGCCGCAUAAUCCUCUACCAGAACCGACGGACCUAAUGCUCGGUCCUCCUGGUUUCAACCCACCUGCCUUCCCAGCUCCAAACUUUUUCCCCGACUUUGGAUCUUCUUUUCCAAUGAGUAUGGAUAUGAUGCAUCUCAUGCAGCAGCAACACCAACAACAACAACACCAUUUGUCGUUAGCCGUGGACAAACCCUAUGGAGGGUUGGACAUGAUCGGACAGCCACAGUCGGGCACGGCUUUGGAUUACGCUAUGAAAUCUCCCGCAGCUAGUCGAAGUAACUCAGAACCACCGACAGUGGGCGAUGAAGAUGAAGAGGAAGACGACGAUGGCGCCGGCGGCAUCAGUGGCGAAGAAGGCGUUGGUGCUGACGGCGCUAGUGGCAGCGGUGGCCGAGGGGGUGAUGAAGGGGAAGAAGAGGAAGAUGACGAAGAGGACGACGAUGAGGAAGCGGUGGCCAUGGACUUUUCUAAGGCCGGAGAAGACGACGAUGAAAGACUGAGUCCGGAUGCGGAUAACAAGGACAAGGAGCAAGACUGACACGGGGUGUUCAGGGACUUUGCGCUGGCGUUCGACACGGUGCUCCAAACUUAAAUCCGGUGUUAUCUUCCCCAGCCUUUCAUCCCAUUAAUUGUUUUAUGCCACCCGCCCUAUUUUUUGUACCUUGAUUUUUUUAACGACAGCAAUUAUUCUGUACGUUAUGAAAUGAUUUUUGUUUCGUUUGAUUACGAAAUGUACGUAUCGAAUCUUCCGUACGGUCUCGUGUAAUAUAAUUUUAAGUGUUAAGAAAUAAAAAAAGGAAAAAAAUUAUAUAGAUUUUUAAAUGAUAAAUUUAAUAUUAAUUUUAGUAAUAUUAAAGUUAAAAAAUUUGUAAAGAAAUAAUUUUGAAAAAUAACUAUGGCUAGCGAAUACAAAGAUGUAAAUUAAAACUAAAAAAUUAAUAUUGGUCGUGUACAUAUAGUAUAUUAUUAGAGAUAUUCUUAUUGAUCUUCGAAAUGAUAAUUUUAGACCAAAACGUAACCAUUUUAAUUAAUAAAUCAUUUUUACCGAUACUGUUCCGAAACACUACAAUAGUUUCCAGCAUUUUAAUGAAAAUAAUCAAAAAGAUACAAUUUACCUUAUAUACAACCGAAUACAUGUUGGUGUUUACAUACAGUUCCUAAUCUUUAGUUACAGUAGUUUAAUUUUUAUUGUAUUUUAAUUUUUGUUUAUGUCGUGUGUAUACUUCUGUGAAACUGUGAUUCCUAACACAACCGGUGGUUAUGUUUUACUGAAUUUCGUAUAUGGACGUUUUUAACACUUACCUCGGAAUUCGCGACAUGAUGUUUAACUACAGUAACUGGUUCCUUGUGUAUUAAAACUACACAGUAAAUAUUUAUUUUAAAGUUCCUCAACAAUCGCCAUUAUUUUUUAACCUCAGCCAUAAAACAUAAUAAUUGUGUUGAAAUCUUCAUCACGCAAAAAUAACUGUCGGGAUUCCUUCUAUGUAACGUUUCAUCUUCCUUACUUUAACAUUUUUAAGGUUUCUUUUAAAUUAAACGAAUAAAACUAUAUUCUUUUAUUGUUUCAUAAUGCUUUUACAUUUAUUAAAAAAAUUAACGAAUGAUCGCAAUUUCUCAUCCAUCGCAAUUUAACGAUUAUCAUUACAAUAUUUAUCUAUUAAAUAUAAAUAUAGCUAAAUACAAUCAUGCAGGGUAAACAUGAAACUUUAAUAUUACAAUACAGGUACCUCUACAUUAUAAUUGCAGAAAAUAUUUAGAAUUACAAUAUAUUUAUAAUUAUAACUAAAAUCUGUAAGAAACAAGCCGGUCAAUUUUUAUUAUUAUUUAAUUGUUCUACGAUAAAGUAGUUGUAAUAUUUUACGUGUAUGUUUAAAUACAUUAGUCUGUUAUAUAAAAGCGUAUACACGUUUAAAAUGAGUAUGAAAAAUUUAUUAUAAUAUGAAUAAAGUGUGUUAUUUGAGUGCAAUGUAUUAAUUUUCACGGUGAUUUAUUAUGUUACCUUAUGAUAAAAUAGUAAAUGUCUUAAGUUUUUUAUUUUUAAGUUCAAACAAAGCUUAUUUUAUUCUGUUUUUGUUUCUAAAGGCUGUGUAUCGUCUCUGUUUCGUAAUUUUCACAUGUACAAACAGUUUUCAAUAUAUCACAUUAAGAUUAAUUGUUCAAUUAAAUAUUAAACUGACAUUUAAAUGUAACUAUUACAAUGUUAAGAUAUUAUAUGGUGCAGAUUUCAUGGGCAUUAUCGCGUAGAUAAACCAAUUAUCGUUAUAGAAAUAAUUAAUAUAUAUAUUGUCUAGACAAAAAAUUUAUACUAAAUUAUUUAAUUAAGCGUCGCAUUACGUCCGAUAGAUUAUCAUAACCUAUAUAAACAUUUUUUUUUUUUUUUUUAUUAUGUACAUGUAAAUUAAUUGAACAAAAUUUGAAUUGUUAAAAAUUUAGAUAUUAGUUGUAUAGAACAACGAAUGAUAAUUCUUAUUUUAAUAUUAAUUAGUUGUGAGAAUUUACCGUUUUUUUAAGUCCUUAUUAUUUGCUUGAGUGUGUUAUUAAUUUUAUUAUUAUUUAUUAUUAUUGUAUUAUUUUCUUUGGUCCAUGUCAUUUAAAAUAUGACCUUGUUAAGUUGAUUUUUGGUAUUGGUUCCUGUUAUUAUUUUAUUAUUUAAGCUUUUUAAUGAAAUUAUUUGUUUUUAUUUAUUAUCAUUCUCAGUCUCCCAACGAAUAAAAGUAAAAUGUAUGUUGUUAGGUUUAAUCAAUAAAUGUAAUGUAAUUUUUAAUUAAUUGACGAUUUUUUUUUUUUGUAAUUAUUAUUAUUAUUAUUAUUGUCAAAAUUGUUGAUGAUCAACGACAUGAACUCGUUAUAUAAAUUUAAAACAAUGUAUGAUAUACGGUUCGCAAAUAAUAAUAAAUAAAAUAUAUCAAUUGUGAA